GUUCUCUGUCUCCUCCUCCCUUGCUGCUGAUGCAAGAGCUGAGCGCGGCGGCGGCUAGGCGAGCAGGACGGGUUGAGCGAACGAGCCGGAGCGAUUGACUUCCUGGGCGGCGUUGUGGGGUUUUUUUCCCUCCCCCCCCGAAACGGGCGCUUCUAAGUUUCUCCAUUGACGGUCAGGGAGAGCCGUCGCCAUGUCGGGAGACGAGAUGAUCUUCGACCCUACUAUGAGCAAGAAGAAGAAGAAGAAAAAGAAGCCUUUUAUGCUUGAUGAAGAAGGUGGUGAUGCACAAACAGAAGAGACACAACUAUUAGAAACAAAAGAAGUAGAGCCAGAACCAGCGGAAGACAAAGAUAUAGAAGCUGAUGAAGAGGACUUCAGAAAGAAAGAUGCAUCAAAAGAUUUAGAUGUCUUAACCUUCUUUAAUCAGAAGAAAAAGAAGAAAAAAGCAAAAAAGAUAUUUGAUGUUGAUGAAACUGAAGAGGGACUGAAGGACCUAAAAAUUGAGAGUGAUGUACAAGAAACAGUAGAACAAGAUGAGGACCUUGAUAUCAUGUUAGGAAAGAAGAAAAAAAGAAAGACGGCAAAGUUUACAGAGGAGGUUGAAGAAUUAGAUAAAGAGGAAGAUUUGGAUGGUGACAACAAUAAAGAUGAUGGAAUCUCUUUUAACUCUCUGUCGGGACCUGCAUGGGCAGGCUCGGAAAGAGAUUACACAUAUGAUGAGUUGCUGAAUCGUGUAUUUAACAUCAUGAGGGAAAAAAAUCCUGAUAUGGUAGCUGGUGAAAAAAGAAAAUUUGUUAUGAAACCUCCCCAGGUUGUAAGAGUAGGAACAAAGAAAACAUCAUUUGUUAACUUCACAGAUAUCUGUAAACUAUUACAUCGUCAACCUAAACAUCUCUUGGCUUUUUUGCUGGCAGAAUUGGGUACAAGUGGUUCAAUAGAUGGCAACAACCAACUUGUAAUCAAAGGAAGAUUCCAACAAAAACAGAUAGAAAAUGUCUUGAGAAGAUAUAUCAAGGAAUAUGUCACCUGUCAUACAUGUCGGUCACCAGACACAAUCUUGCAGAAGGACACCAGAUUAUAUUUUUUGCAGUGUGAGACUUGCCAUUCACGCUGUUCUGUUGCCAGCAUUAAAACUGGUUUCCAGGCUGUCACAGGCAAGAGAGCACAGCUCCGUGCCAAAGCUAACUAGUUGGCUGGUUGACCCUGAAUUUUGGGUGCAAAUGGCUGGACAGGCUUACAACCUGAAUGAAUGGAUUUCCGAUGUAUUAAAAACAAGAUAGUAAAAGCUGCUUUGCUUUGGGUUGGUCUGUGAGAUUCUUGCAAGAUCAGAUCCUCAAGCUGUUGGCAUUUGCUAACUGAAUAUUUUACCAACUGUCAAGUGAUGAGAAGGGAGGUGCUUUUUAAUCUGUUCAUAGAAUUCUGUAAAAUGCAAGAAAAAUUAAAGUUAUUAUAACAGUGA